ACCGAAGAAUAGGACGCUGAUUUGAAAUGGUUCAAACAGUUGGAUUGCUCGCUUUUCUGCUCCCUAAAUAUUGAGCAUGUUUUAUAUGAACGUAAAAUACUUUCGGUAAGAGCGAAGAGUAGCUUAUAGCUACACAGGUCGGACUGCUUUAGCUGUCGUACGGGUUACCAGACGGGACAUUUUAUUUGUAUCGAGAGACUGUAAACAUGACUUCUGUUGGAUAUUUGACGCACCGAAGGUUACUUUUAAACCUCAGUAAAUCCCUCUGUGAUCACAGACCGCCUGCCUGGCUCAGGAGCCAGAGCAGACUGCUCCGGACCUCCAGCAGGGCAAUGACAGUCAUGCCUGCCUGGGUUAUUGAUAAGUAUGGGAACAAUGACGUGCUGCGAUUCACCAAUAACGCCAGCUUCCCCGUCAUCAACUACCCCAACGAGGUGAUCGUGAAGGUGUUUGCAGCAGGACUGAACCCGCUGGAUGUCAGCAUGAGAGGUGGCUAUGGCUCUGCUACGCUGGCCAUGAAAAGAGACCCUCUGAACAUCAUGCAGUCGGGCAACGAGUUCCCUCUCGUUUUGGGAAGAGACGUGUCCGGCGUCGUCAUGGAGUGUGGCCUGGAUGUGAAGUACUUCAGAGAGAGGGACGAGGUGUGGGCAGCGAUUCCACCAUGGAAGCAGGGCAGCUUGGCUGAGUUUGUGGUUCUAAGUGCCAAUGAGAUAUCCCACAAACCAAAGUCAAUGAGUCACACAGAGGCAGCAGCCAUUCCCUAUGUGGCGACCACAGCCUGGUCUGCGCUGGUGAACACGGGUGGACUCAGUAAGGACAACUGUGCCAACAAACGGGUUUUGAUCCUUGGAGGAUCCGGGGGAGUUGGAACGUUUGCAAUUCAGAUGCUGAAAGCGUGGGGAGCUCAUGUUACAGUUACUUGCUCCCACAAUGCCGAGCAGUUCGUAAGAGGGCUCGGGGCGGACCAUGUGGUCGACUACACAGCCGGACCUGUUGAAGAGCCGCUAAGCGCUCUCGAAAAAUUUGACCUGGUCCUUGAUAAUAUAGGGGGGGACACUGAGCGAUGGGCCCUUGGCCUGCUUAAACCUUGGACCGGAGCCAAAUACAUCACCCUUGUGACACCUUUUCUCCUGAACACAGACCAGCUGGGUAUAGCUGACGGCAUGUUGCAGACGGCUGCCACAGUCGCCACCAAAGCCAUCAAGCAUUUAGUCAAAGGAGUUCACUACCGCUGGGGUUUCUUUGCACCGAGCGGCCCAGCGCUGGAUGAGAUCAGAGAAAUGGUGGACGCAGGACAGAUCCGCGCCGUGGUGGAGGAGACGUUCAGCUUCUCCCAGGUCCCUCAGGCAUUCGAGAAGGUGGAGAAGGGCCACGCCCGAGGAAAGACGGUGGUGGAAAUCAGCAAAGGGGGCUCUUGAUGUACAGCAUGGACUCUGAACGAGAAUGUGCAUGCAUUUGCACAUUUAGGACACAAACUACUUGAAAAUAAGUGUAAUGCAACAGCUCACUCUAUUGCUUUCACAGCAGAUGCACAAGCAACCCUAACUACGGUCACUGUGUUUGUUGCUACUGCAGCGUGUGGCUUUUUGUACUUGAAAAUGGACUCAGAAGGCUUCGCGAACAUUUCAUAUUUUUUAUCGACUUGCUUGAGAUAAAAUAAACAAGCUUCAUUGCGUCCUUUUUUA